GGGAUUUAAGUUGAUGCAUUGCAAUGCAGAUACAUUACGAAAAACAAAAAUUCUUCGAAUUACCCGAAAAAAGAGAAGAACUUUUGGAUUUUUUCACCAAAAUUUUGUUCAACUCAUUCAAGUAUUCAACCCUGAAAGCAACAAUCUAAAUGAAUAAAUUGACAGUCUAUUCAGGGUUGGCUUUAGAAUCAUUCCUUCGUCAGCAGAUAAAAAAUCGAUUUCUUGUGCUACCUUAAAAUAAUAACAUUGUGUGCAAAAGUUAAAAACUGUUCCUUCCAACAAAAAAGUAACAACUGUGAGAUUUAAGAACCAGACUGCAGAAAUUAUCGAUAGCUUUCAUAUACACAUAUAGAUUGAGAAUACCUAAACUUUACCAACACUCCCCGAGAAACAAUGGACGCAUCAGCACCAGCAAAGGCAGCUGCCGCUGCAAAACGUUUACAAAUCGAAAGAGCGCAAAAUUUCAUGCGUCAAUACAGGGAUCCAGAAUCGCGUGAAUUAAAAAAGCUUUCUGCCAACCAAUUUAUGGACGUUUGGAGUCACUAUGAUAAAGACGGAAAUGGUUACAUCGAAGGAACCGAAUUGGACGGAUUCUUGAAGGAAUUUGUGUCAAGUGCAAAUGCAACUGAUGUUAAUCCUGAAGCUGUAACCGAUACAAUGUUGGCUGAAUUAAAAUCGUGCUUUAUGGAAGCUUACGAUGAUAAUCAGGAUGGCAAAAUAGACAUCAGAGAGCUUGCCCAACUACUUCCAAUGGAAGAGAAUUUUCUUUUGCUGUUCCGAUUCGAUAAUCCAUUGGAAUCAAGUGUGGAGUUUAUGAAGAUAUGGCGUGAAUAUGAUACAGAUAAUAGUGGAUACAUCGAAGCUGAUGAGCUCAAAAAUUUUCUUCGUGAUUUACUCAAAGAGGCCAAGAAAAUUAAUGACGUUUCAGAGGACAAAUUAAUUGAAUACACUGAUACAAUGCUGCGAGUAUUUGAUGCUAAUAAAGAUGGACGUCUUCAACUUUCUGAGAUGGCGAAACUGCUUCCUGUCAAAGAAAAUUUCCUUUGUCGUCAGGUUUUCAAGGAAGGCAUCGAAGGUGCUGCAAAGUUGACAAAGGAGGAUAUUGAAAAAGUUUUUUCGCUGUACGACAGAGAUAACAAUGGAACAAUCGAAAACGAAGAGCUUCGAGGUUUUCUAAAGGAUCUACUUGAGUUAGUUAAAAAGGACGAUUACGAUGCUCAGGAUUUAAGUCAAUUUGAAGAGACAAUCCUCAGGGGUGUUGGAUACGAUAAAGAUGGCAAAAUUUCCCGCAAAGAACUGACUAUGAUUCUUUUGACAUUGGCAAAGAUGCCACCAGAGGAUGAUCAAUAAAUUGUUUCAAUAUUUCAAUGUUCCCACUCUGAAUAGUAUUUGAUAAGAUAAAAAGAAGAUGCAAACUAAAAGAA